UUGCCGACGCCGGAAAAAACAAUAAUAAUUGUUAAAUAAAAUGGCAAAUCGGACAGUGAAGGAGGCCAAAAACGUGCAUGGCACCAACCCGCAGUAUCUCAUCGAAAAGAUCAUACGUUCCCGCAUCUACGACUCCAAGUACUGGAAGGAGCAAUGUUUUGCCCUCACAGCCGAACUGCUCGUGGACAAAGCCAUGGAGCUGCGAUUCGUCGGCGGCGUUUAUGGAGGAAACAUAAAGCCGACGCAGUUCCUCUGCCUCACACUGAAGAUGUUGCAGAUUCAGCCGGAGAAGGACAUUGUGGUGGAGUUCAUCAAGAACGAGGAGUUUAAGUACGUCCGUGCAUUGGGGGCGUUCUAUCUGCGACUGACCGGAGUCGCCCUCGACUGUUACAAGUAUCUGGAGCCCUUGUACAUCGACAACCGCAAGCUGAGACGCCAAAACCGAGCCGGGCAGUUCGAAAUUGUCUACAUGGACGAAUACAUAGAUGAAUUGCUGCGUAACGAUCGCGUCUGCGACAUUAUACUGCCUCGAAUACAGAAGCGAACCAUUCUCGAGGAGAACAACGAGAUUGAACCGAAGGUGUCGGUUCUGGAUGAAGACUUGGACGACGAGCUACCCAGUGAGGAUGAGAAGCCAGACGAGCGAGAAGCGAAUCGGACAAACGAAAAUUCCGCUUCAACUGUACGACGCCCGCGAAGAGCUCGCUCAAAAUCAAAAUCGCGCAGCAGGGAGCGGGACCGACGUCCUGCCCAAAACAACAAUGGUCGCUCUCGAGAUUACUACGAUGAACUGGAGGAGUUUGAGCGGCAGCGCAAUCGCACCCGCAACCGUGACAAGCAGCACGAAGACCGCCGACAGCCAGCACCACGUCAGGAUCGGGAUAGAGAACGACAGGAUCGGGACAGAGAACGCCAGGACCGGGAUAGAAAGCCCCAGAAUCGGGACAGGGAGCGCCAGGAUCGGGACAGAAUGCGCGAGCGGGAGAGAUAUGGCGAAAGAGAUAGACGGGAGCGAGAUAAUGGCUCCCGCCACGACCAGCGGGAGAGGGAGCCGCGAAACGAGCGGGACCGACGUCGCCAUUAAAAUUAAUUUAAAAUAAUUAAAAUAUUGACCACUAAAAAACACCACACCGCCAAACCCUCGGUAUUUUUAUUUGC